CCUAAAAAAAUGCAACCAAACAAUUGGUGAACAUUCUCCCACUUAGUUUUUUGCUAGAAAUUAGUAACAUUUUGUCAUUUCUAUCAAUAGAAAAAGGACAGGAGGAAGGGCAAAUGGGUAAUGUUCAACAUUUCUGACCUCACCAACUCCGUGAAAAAGACAAGGCUCUUCUUUUGUCUCAAUCUUUAAGCCAACCAGCUUGCAGGAAGACUUAGAACUUGACCUCUGCACCUCCAUUCUUCAAUAAUUGUUGUGGAUACACCACUACUGAUACACCACUACUGAGACAACUUCUGCUCUUCACAUUUUCAGCUAUCCAAAACCAACAACUUUAGCAGAAUGCAAGAAAAUACCGUCAUGGGUUCCAUGGGGGAGCAAGGUGAUGCCAUCCAACAAGCAAGUUACUGGAUAUGGAACAAGAACGAAUUCUUUCCCGAAGAAUCUUUCCAAAACUGGAGUACCUACCGAACUGCACUGUCCCAGACAUGUUUUCGCUUCAAGGAUCGGCUCACAAGCCGAUCUGAUGAUGCCAAUGAGAUAGAGCAACUCCGUAAGCAAAGCAAGAAUGACAUGAAACGUUGCCUUACCUGGUGGGAUCUCGUCUGGUUUGGAUUUGGCUCUGUCAUAGGGGCAGGUAUUUUUGUUCUCACUGGUCAAGAAGCCAACCGACAUGCUGGACCAGCCAUUGUCUUGUCAUAUGUUGCUUCUGGUGUUUCCGCAAUGCUCUCUGUCUUCUGCUACACAGAAUUUGCAGUUGAAAUCCCAGUAGCAGGAGGCUCCUUUGCAUACUUAAGAAUUGAGCUAGGAGACUUUGUAGCGUUCAUCACAGCAGGAAAUAUACUUCUGGAAAGCAUUGUGGGAAGUGCAGCAGUUGCCAGAGCAUGGACUUCUUAUUUUGCCACUCUUUUAAAUCGUCCUUCCAACUCAUUACGCAUCCAUACAGAUCUCAGUCAUGGAUUCAAUCUUCUGGACCCAAUAGCGGCUGUAGUCCUCAUAAUUGCAGCAACAUUUGCAAUGAUUAGCACAAGAAAAACUUCGUAUCUCAAUUGGAUAGCAUCUGCCAUCAAUACCAUGGUAAUUUUGUUUGUCAUAAUUGCAGGGUUUGCCCAUGCCGACACAUCAAAUUUGGCACCUUUCUUGCCUUAUGGUAGUGGAGGAAUCUUCCGAGCAGCUGCAGUUGUUUACUUUGCCUAUGGAGGAUUUGACAACAUUGCUACUAUGGCAGAAGAGACGAAAAACCCAUCAAAAGACAUACCAUUAGGAUUGGUGGGAUCAAUGUCAAUCAUUACGGUGAUAUAUUGCUUGAUGGCACUUACGCUCAGUAUGAUGCAGAAAUACACAGACAUUGAUCCAAAUGCAGCCUAUUCUGUAGCAUUUCAAAAUGUGGGGAUGAAAUGGGCAAAGUAUCUGGUAGCUCUUGGUGCCCUUAAGGGGAUGACCACAGUUCUCCUGGUGGGGGCACUUGGACAGGCAAGGUAUCUUACUCACAUUGCACGAGCCCACAUGAUCCCACCAUGGUUUGCCUUGGUCCAUCCAAGGACUGGAACACCAAUUAAUGCAACACUCCUGAUAGUCAUUUCAAGUGCCCUAAUUGCUUUCUUUUCAGGUCUUGAUGCCUUGACAAGCUUGUUAUCAUUGAGCACACUGUUUAUUUUCAUGAUGAUGGCUGUUGCACUGCUUGUUAGGAGAUACUAUGUGAGAGAAACCACUCCAAGAGUUAACCUAUUGAAGCUUGUUAUAUUUCUGCUCAUUAUAAUUGCUUCUUCAAUGGGUACUUCAGCUUACUGGGGACUAAGUCCUACGGGGUGGGUUGGAUAUGUCAUAACUGUUCCUCUUUGGUUCUUGGGGACUUUAGGAAUUUCUGUAUUUCUUCCUCAGCAGAGAACACCAAAAGUUUGGGGCGUCCCAUUAGUCCCAUGGUUUCCAUCCUUGUCAAUUGCAGCAAAUAUCUUUCUCAUGGGCUCUUUGGGGAUCCAGGCUUUCAUAAGGUUCGGAAUAUGCACUAUUGUAAUGUUGGUGUACUAUAUAUUCUUUGGCCUACAUGCAACUUAUGAUACAGCUCACCAGCAAGACAGAUCAGAAUGCCUGAAGGUUAAAAAUGAAGAUCAGAUACACAAUGAGCUGCCUUAGCUUUUCACAACCUUCUGAUACUUUCUUACAUACCUUGUUAGCUUUUUCCAUAUUUAAAUGCCACAAGCAUCUGGUUCGAGUAGUCUGUAACACAAGCAAAUAAGCAUUGAUGUUACUGGAGCUGUCAAACAAAAUUAAUCCCCUUUUACUGUCCUAA